AUGUUGAUUGCUGAAUGUGAAUCGCUCAUCUUCGCUAGACCCGCCACUCCCCGCCUCUUUCUCCAGGCGACCGCACGCCCACGACUAUCCCUCACGUUGCCGUACGUCGUCGACUUCACCAUCCGUCGGGCAAAAAAGGACGGUUCGAUAAGACCAUGCAUCUUCCGAUGGCACCCGCUCUACGACGGUUUCUCACACCAGGGUCUCAUUUUACUUCACCAUACCGCCACCGGUGACGGUGUUGAGCCGUGCGCGGUGGACCAUACCAAGUUCGCAAGGCCGCCCAAGGAUGGCUCAAUUGCCACGGACGGAAGCAGUGGGCACGGUUAUCUCUGGGAGCUCCUACCCGGCGGCGAGGGGCACGCCUCUGUGAACCUCCCGGAGCACUACUACCAGGCGAUGCAGGCAGGCGAGGCGUACACGCUGCUAUACCCUGGCGGUGAGGUCGCUUUGUGGGACUGUGGCACGAGGUCUGUGUUUCUCGAUAAGCAGCUGAAGGUGCGGCAUCGGCUCGAGAAAGACGAGGUGCGCCCUGCCUUGAUGAUUCCUGGUGGCGCUUUCAUCUCACUCGUCGCGUACGAGGAGGAGAAGCCGUGGCCGGAGAGGGCAACUACUCUAUCCGCAUAUGGUUUCGAUGUGGCAAAUAGGAUGGAGAUGAGAUGGCGAGAGCAAGAGGCGAUAAAAAUGUAUGAGAGAGCACCAAUACUCAACGUUACACUGAAGUGUCCGCCGACCGUAACUAUCAACAGCUUUCUUAUUGUUGGAGUCAAGGUCACCUACACUGGCCAGGUCUGUGGACCGGAUGGCCAGCCAAGCUCGGAAACAACAACCCAGCCGAUUACAUUCCGCACCCGGUCCAUUAUAUACGGCCUUACUGACAAUAUCGGCUAUCGGGAAGGCUUCCGUCUCUAUCGACGGCGUGGUGGCGACGACCACGUCCCCUGGGAAGGAUGCAAUAUGGAUGAUACUGAUAUGGGGUGUGGGCUCUUUGAUUUCCCUGAUGAAACGGUUCGUGUAGCUGAACACAUGGACUUCACAACUUUAAAGCCGGGCGAGACUUGGGCGACAACCAAAACACUUCAGGAGCCGGGCUGGAGCUAUCUCCCAGAUGAUACUGCGGUCGGCGACGUGUUCCUCUACGGGUUCAAUGGGGCAGUUGUAGAUUGGUGGGACUGGGGUGGUGCCGAGGAGCAUGCUGAGACGGUGGUUACACUGCCGUGCUGGAUUACAGGAAGGGUCAUAGAUCCACGGGAUAAUGGGGGGCGGCCGAGAUUAGUAGUAACGCACUCAGCACCGGUGGAGUUUAGGGUGUUGGAAUGA